AUGCUCAGCGUGCACAAGAACAGCGUCCUCUCAAGCGUGACCCUGGAACAGGCAGCGGUGCGGCAGAAGGAGCUGGAUUUCUACACGAACAACUACUGGAUAUGGGGAGGCACCACGGUCAUCAUGGCCGGCUUCGCCUUGGCGGAGCUGACCCGCGAAAUUCCACAAGGCACACAUCCAGCUCUUGAAUGCGCUUACCUGGGAUUCACUUCAAUCUGCUUGAGUUUGGACCUCUGCAUCGUGACCUGGACCGUGCUUGUUUGCACCUGGGGCCCAGGAAACGCUCUGCGUGGGCCCGACGGAAUGAAGUCCUUCCACGAGACCAUUGCUCUCCUGAAGGAAGAGCAAAUGCCCAUUUACUAUGCGUUCGUCGUCAGCAUCGUGGCGUAUUUCGGGUCCUCAUGCUGCCUCUUGUGGGUCUACCCAUCGGACUUCGUGCCCAACGCGGCCGGCACCUGCGUCUUGAUCCUCUCCUUCACGGUGCUCGUCUACAUGCAAUGUGUCUUGGAGCAAGAGGUCGGUGUCCUGGGAAAUUCGCAUGACGACGAUGGUCGCAUCAAGACGUUCACAGCUCUUGAUGACGUCGCAGAUCUGGACAUGUGCCUCUCCGACCAGCCCGGAGGCACCUAA